UGAAGUGUAUAUACGUAGCAUGUUUGUUUUGGACCAAAACAAAAAUUGUAUUCAUUGAUCGUUUCGCGUUUAAUUAAACAGUAUCAUCAUCGUCAUUAUCUGGUAAUUUCCCAGUGAAUAUUUUCAAUUUUUUGUGUGGGAUCCAAAGGCAUCAAAAAUGCUAGGUAGUGUUGCUAAAAUGACAUCAUCAAGUCGUUUGAAUAUUACACCGCGCAUUUCAUUUUCCAGUGAUUUCUUUUUUCGGCAGUUAUUCGACGCAGUAAGCAGUACCUAUACGUAUUUAAUGGCUGAUUUAACAACAAAGGAAGCAGUGCUCAUAGAUCCUGUAUUAGAGCAAGCAAAGCGUGAUGCACAACUGGUGAAUCAGCUCGAAUUUCAACUCAAAUAUGCAAUCAAUACCCAUAUGCAUGCUGAUCACAUUACAGGAACCGGGUAUUUAAAACAGUUAUUGCCCAACGUACGUAGCGUUAUUUCACAAACAAGUGGAGCUAUUGCUGAUAAACAUCUAAACGAUGGUGAUGUCAUUACAUUUGGCCGUCAUGAAAUCAAAGCAGUUUCAACACCUGGACACACCAACGGAUGCAUGACAUUUAUCAAUUGUGAACAGGGUAUUGUUUUUACUGGGGAUACUAUUUUGAUAAGGGGUUGUGGUCGAACAGAUUUCCAAGAAGGUGACGCACGUACACUCUAUCAAUCUGUAUAUAAUAAAAUAUUCACUUUGCCUGAUAAUUUUCGCAUGUUUCCGGCUCAUGACUACAAGGGACAAUUAGAGAGCACUGUGGGUGAAGAAAAGAAAUACAAUCCACGUUUGACCAAAGACAUCGAUACAUUUGUAGAUAUUAUGACAAACUUGAAUUUGCCAAAGCCAAAAAUGAUUGAUGUAGCGGUUCCAGCUAAUCGAGAGUGCGGACUUCAUGACAUCCCAAAUAAUGAAUAAUUCUAUAAAAUCACAAUUAUCAAUUCCUGGAGGCUUUGUUCAUACAAUUUUAUACGUAUUUUUUGUAGUUGUGAAUACGACAUAUUGUAAAACGUACUAUAUAUAGUAAAGUGUACAAACACAGUA